AUGGAGUUCUCCCUGACCGGAUCGCCCGCAACUACACCACUGGCAACACCGGGUGGCUCGAACCCAAGACAAAAAGAACAGAGAUUCCGCCCACCAGUCGCACCAAGUCCCUACUCGGAAUACCAACAAGCUGGUUCGGAAGCAGGUUACUUCCCUGCUCAACCACAGCAACAAGUCCCACCACAGCAACUGCAACCUCAAAGUAUGGACGGGCUGUCGAAUCAGAUGAGUGCAAUGGGUCUGGCUGGCCAGCCUCCUGUCAGUGCCGCACCGAGCUCGCAUAAUAAGAAAAAGAAGGACCGACAUGCAUACCAUCAUAUCGAAACACCGGCCGCUGCUCAACCUCUGCCAGCUGCCGUACCAGGAACCACAUCGUCGCAGUUCUACAAUACUCAAAAUGCCCCCAUUCCGGGAACAGCCGCCCCAUACAUGUCCCAGCAGAUCACACCCGCCAUGUCGCAGUUCCCUGCCGCAGCGUCCACCUUCGCGCCCGCCAAUCUUGCAACUCCUAUGGAACAUGCUGCCCGUCAAGGUGAUCAACUCUUGUCGGCUCCUGUUUCUUCCCAGUCAGGACGCGUUGACCCGGAACAGAUCCCUGGUGUCCCUAGGUCACGCGACAUUCCUGCUCGCCACUAUCAAGAGCGCAUCUACCCUACCAUGGAGCAACAUCUCCCUCCACCUGCCGCUAUUCCUUUUGUUGCUUUCGACCAAGGAAACAGUUCUCCGAAGUUUGCUCGUCUCACGUUGAACAACAUUCCUGCCUCAAACGAGGCUCUUCAAACUACUGGUCUUCCUCUGGGCCUUGUUUUGCAACCUCUGGCUCCCUUACAGGACGGUGAGCAGCCUGUUCCUGUUCUUGAUUUUGGAGAUGUCGGCCCGCCUCGUUGCAGGCGUUGCAGAACGUAUAUCAAUCCUUUCAUGUCAUUCCGUUCUGGUGGAAACAAGUUUGUCUGCAACUUGUGCACUCAUCCUAACGAUGUGCCAUCCGAGUACUUUGCGCCUACCGAUCCAACAGGUAUCAGAGUCGAUCGUGCACAAAGACCUGAGCUGAUGUUGGGUACUGUCGACUUCUUGGUUCCCAAGGAGUAUUGGACCAGAGAUCCUGUCCCUCUCCAAUGGCUCUUCGUGAUUGACGUCAGUCUAGAGGCAUCGAGCAGAGGUUUCCUCGACUCCAUGUGCAAAGGUAUUCUGCACGCGCUCUAUGCUGAGGACGGUACAAACAAUGUUCCUUCAGGUGUUAAGGUUGGUUUCGUCACGUUUGACCGAGAAGUGCAAUUCUACAACCUGUCUCCGGGACUUGAGCAAGCACAAAUGAUUGUCAUGCCUGAUAUCGAGGAUCCGUUUGUGCCAUUGAGCCAAGGCCUGUUUGUGGAUCCUCAGGCAUCUAAACCUGCUAUCACUUCUCUUCUUAGCCGGAUACCGGAUAUGUUUUCCUCAGUGAAGAGUCCAGAACUCGCGUUACUUCCUGCUGUCAAUGCCGCUUUGGCUGCUCUUACGUCUACUGGAGGCAAGAUUGUGUGCUCAGUGUCAAGCCUUCCCACAUUUGGUCCUGGACGACUGUUCCCUCGCGACAAGAACGAAGGUCGUGAUACGGAUGCCGAGAAGAAACUCUACACUACUGAGCAUCCUGGCUGGAGAAGCACGGCUGCGAAGAUGGUCGAAGCUGGCGUAGGCAUAGACUUCUUUAUGGCUGCACCAAGUGGAGGUUAUCUUGAUAUUGCAACGAUCGGACACUGCUGUGCGGUGUCUGGAGGCGAAACUUACUAUUAUCCCAACUUCCACAGCCCGCGAGACGAUCUGCGACUAGCAAAGGAGCUCAAGCACACAGUAACCCGUGAAACUGGUUUCCAGGCUCUUAUGAAGGUUCGCUGUUCGAAUGGUCUUCAACUGUCUUCAUACCACGGUAACUUCACUCAACACACAUUUGGUGCUGAUCUCGAAUUUGGCGCAAUUGAUGCGGACAAGGCGAUUACGGUCAUGUUCAGUUACGAUGGCAAGUUGGACGCAAAGCUGGAUGCUCACUUCCAAAGUGCUCUUCUCUAUACUACCGCGACAGGUGAGCGCAGAGUGCGUUGCACCAACACUGUAGCAAGCGUGAGCGAGAGCGCUCUUGAGGCGAUGAAAUUCGUCGAUCAGGAUGCUGUGGUCAGUGUUAUCUCUAAAGAGGCCGCGUCCAGAGUCUCCGAAAGGACCUUGACCGAGAUUCGCAACUCUCUGAGCGAAAAGACCAUCGACAUACUUGCUGGCUAUCGCAAGAACUUCUCUGGCUCGCAUCCACCUGGCCAGCUUGUCUUGCCUGAGAACCUCAAGGAACUAAGCAUGUAUAUGCUAGGACUGAUCAAGUCACGAGCCUUCAAGGGUGGUCGUGAGCCUAGCGAUCGUAGAAUUCAUGACAUGCGCUUGAUUAGAUCGAUGGGACCUAUGGAGCUGUCGUUAUAUCUCUACCCUCGCAUCAUUGCCAUUCACAACCUGGAGCAGACGGACGGCUUCGCGGACGAAAACGGUCGUCUGCGCAUGCCGGCUGCCAUCAGAGCGUCAUUCGGGCAAAUUGAGGAGGGUGGAGCUUAUCUCGUUGAUAACGGACAGGUUUGCCUGCUCUGGCUGCACUCUCAGGUAUCGCCGAAUCUGCUCGAAGACUUGUAUGGUCAAGGCUACAACGAACUCAAGCAUCUGGAUCCCUUCAGCUCUAGCUUGCCUGUGCUUGAGACUCAUCUGAACGCUCAAGUUCGCAAUAUUCUGCAGUACAUGGAAAUCACAAGGGGCUCCAAGGCCUUGACAAUUCAACUGGCCAGACAAGGGUUGGAUGGUGCGGAGUACGAAUUCGCUCGUCUGUUGUACGAGGACCGCAACGGCGAAGCUCAGAGCUAUGUUGACUGGCUGGUCCAUGUGCAUAGGCAGAUUCAAUUGGAGCUCUCCGGCCAACGUAAGAGGGAUGAUGGUGGAGCAGAUAUUAGCAGCACAGUAGCAUCUACCUUCGCAGGACUUAGAGCGCCAUAUUGGGGCUGA